CCACACUGGUGCGCUGUCAUGAAGCCCACUCCCGACCCAGUGUCAGGUCUUGAAUUCACACACACAGACACACACCGGAGAGAAGAAGAGUCCUAGAACAGCCACUUGUGUCCACAUGCCAUAAACCUUGCUGAGCAUAACCGGACUACUUUUUCGCUCAGAUUGUGAGGAGUUACAUAAUUUCAUUGCCUACUUCAUGUGGGAAGGAGGAGAGACUGUUUAACAAGCAGUGAACAGUUGAAAAACUUACGCUCUGAGAUCAUGAAGUUACAUGUGGCUGUAUUUUUCGCUGGGCUCUUCGGUGCUUUGGCAACUCUUUUCAUCCUCUUGUCUUUUGGCACAGACUAUUGGCUCUUGGCAUCUGAGACCUGCAAUUCACAUUCAAAUGGUCCGGUUCCUUCAGAGCGAGGCGAUAAUAAGGUCAACCAGGGUCACGACCACGAUAGUGAAGCCCAGAACAUCACCUUUCAUCAUGAGGGCUUCUUUUGGCACUGUACCUUCGAUGACGUCAUAACCAAUGGCAAUUUAUGGAAAUUCUGGUUUGAAAAUCAGCCACAUGCGAGGGAAUGCAAACCUGCAUAUCUUCUGCCCUUUCCUUUCCCUGACCCAAUCUACAACACUACCAACUAUGAGUCUGCCAUAAUCUACAGAGGCUUCUGGAGCGUCUCCAUGUUGGUUGGUGUGGCCGCUGUGGUGGCCGGUGGUUUUAUUAUCAUCUGUGCAGCUCCAUUCGCCAGUCAUCGCCUUUAUAAAGCAGGCGGUGCACUCUACUUCAUUUCUGGUUUCUUCCUUUUAGUCGUCACAGCGAUGUAUGUUAUCUGGCUAGAUGUUCUGGAUGUAAUAAGCUUAUACAAGGAUUAUCAGAAGUUAAAUAAGUGUGCAAACUUCGAGCUGAACAUGACUUACGGCCUGUCCUUCAUGUUUGCUCCCGUCGGCGUGUUCUUCUGUUUUCUGUCUGGUCUUCUCUUUCUAGUGAUCGGCCGCACAGUCCAGCAUCACUACAACUGAUUCGACUCAUGAAUAGUAGUAUGCAUCGAAAUGCAUUAAAGGGAUAGUUCACCCAAAAAUGAAAAUUUGGUCAUCAUUUACUCACCUUUCACUUGUUCAGAACUCAGUAGAAGAUAUUUUGAAAAAUGCUGGUAGCUGGCACUAAUUGACUUCUAUAAUAAAUUUUUCCUACAAUUGAAGUCAAUGGUUGCCAGAAACCAGCAUUGUAAAAAAUAUCUUCUUUUUGUGUUUAACAAAAUAAAGAAACAGGAAGAGUAAAUGCUGUGGUCGCUUUGAUUUUGGGUGAACUGCCCGUUUAAAUAUCUAUAAAACAUGUUUGGGAUGUGUUGACUUUAUGACAGGCUGAUGUGCAGUUAGACUAUUAUAGUAUUUUUUAUUUUAAUUAUCUGGUUGCUUUGUUAUUUGGCCAUCAUGUGUGCUUUAAGCAGUACUGUAAACAUUGAUCACGAAUGGUUUGGGAACACGUCAUGCAUUUGUUUUUGUGGUUAUAGUAUUGCAUAAAUGUGUCUUUAAAGAACUGCUGCAUUUUUA